AUUUUAAUUUUAUUUUUGCUCAUAUAACAUCAUUCCACAGGUCUCACAGUACCACUUCCUUAAUUGGAAAGAUGCUAAGGGUCCAGAAUCUACGGGUCAUUUGCUCGAUUUUAUUGAACGGGUAAUGCACAAGCAGUACCGUAAACCGAUUGUCGUUCACUGCAGUGCCGGCGUUGGUCGGACAGGAGUACUAAUUGCUCUAUGGCGAUUAAUCGAAAGAGCACACACAGAACAAUUAAUCGAUAUUUUUGGGCAAGCAUAAACCGUUGAUGCCCUUCGAAGGCAACGUAGCCGUAUGGUGCAAACUCCUGAACAAUACCUCUCAUUAACCGUUGAUGCCCUCCGGAGGCAACGUAGCCGUAUGGUGCAAACUCCUGAACAAUACCUCUCAUUGUAUGAAGCAAUAUCACUUGCAAUUGUCGAGGAAAGAUUGUAA